AGUCUAAUGAUUUUUUUUAAGAAUCAAUAACAGCAUUUUUGCAGAAGCGUCCAAAGGCGUUAUAAAGCAACUUCUAUUUAAACGUUUAUAAGAUCUUAUAAUUGUGUGGUUUGAUUCAAUGCAAACUCUCUGUGAUACGUCAGGCGGAGACGUAUAUAUUUUCCUACAGUUUAGAAGGACUUUCAGAUUAGAAUGUGUUGAUAUCAGUGCGCAAUGAAUUUCUCCGUGUCAGUAAGAUACUGUUCAACAGCGGAUGCAUAUUUGUUUUGUCAUUAAUCGAGUUUAGGUAAAAAUUAAAAUACAGAAUUUGGAAUAGCUAUUGAAUUACAAAAAAUGGAAGCAGUUACAAAUGUUAAUGCAACCGGAAACAUAUCAAAUGCAGUUACCGAAAUGGCCUCAAACUUUACUGCACUAUUAAGUAAUGUUACAGAUAUGUUAGACUACUGCGAUUACAACAUUACAGAUUCGAAAGGGAUGUCUAAUGGUACAUCUGCUGGCAUGACAUUUAAUAAGGCUGCAAUAACAAUUUUUCUCAUUACCUCAUACGUCAUCAUUUUCUUUGUUGGUAUCGUUGGGAAUUCUUUAGUCAUCUAUGUGGUUUUGCGUUUUGCAAAAAUGAAAACUGUUACCAAUUUGUAUAUACUGAAUUUAGCUAUAUCAGAUGCCUCGUUUCUGAUUAGCCUUCCAUUUAUCAUAACUACGACGCUUUUGCAACAUUGGAUAUUCGGAACAGCGAUGUGUAAAAUAUACAAUGUAUUGUAUUCUAUCAAUUUCGUAACCAGUGUUUUGACUUUAACUGUGCUAAGUGGUGAUAGAUAUCUAGCCGUUUGCCACCCGAUACGAUCUGGAAAAUAUCGCACCAUUAAUAUAGCUUAUUUCAUAUGCUUAAUCAUCUGGUCGUUGUCGUUUCUGGUCAUGUUGCCAAUCAUUUUAUAUUCAACCACUGUAUCAAAUUACAAAGAUCCAUCUCUAAAGACAUGUACAAUUCAGUGGCCUUCAAACCAGCUACUUCCGCAAGGUAAAGCCUUUACCUGGUAUACAUUCCUUCUCGGUUUUGCGAUUCCUGUUUCCAUGAUAACCGUGUUUUACUCUUCUGUUAUUGUUCGACUUACGUGUGUUGGUCAGAUGAUAAAAUCGAAGGGAAAACGUAAAUCACAUAGAAAAGUGACCAAACUUGUUCUAGCAGUUAUUUUAGUGUAUGUUUCAUGCUGGUUGCCGCAUUGGGUUUUCCAGAUAAAUCUAACAUUUUUGCCUAUGCAUCAAAGGCUAGAGGACUGGGAAAUUUAUUUGUUUAAUGUUUUCACAGUUUUAACAUUUGCAAACAGUAUGCUUAAUCCGUUAUUGUAUGCAUUUCUAAGUGACAAUUUCAGGAGAAGCUUUGCUAAAGCUUUUAAAUGCGUAGCAUCAAUAGAAUUAGAUAGAAAAACAACAGCCGGAGAUAAUAGUAUUUAUCCGAAAUCUUCACAACAACAUGGAGAGAAAAGAAAUGAACGACAUAAACCUAAAUUUGAACUUGAUACAAUGAAGACAACGAAUACGGGGUUUCUCCUCUCGCCAGAUGAAAACGUUAACACUUCGCUCCUUGAAACAAGCAGUGUGUAUGUAGAUAAAGAAAGCCAAACGCAACAAGAUGAAAUUUAGCAUACCGGAACAAUUUCUUUAUGAUAACGUAUCAUCAAUGUACUUUACAGGGAUCAUCAGAUGUGUGGGUCACAUUUUGCAGAAUCAAACAUGUUGGACAAAGCUAAUUCAUAAAUCCAAAUUAGUUUCGUAUUUAUAUUAUAUUGUAUUUUCGAUGUUUAAAAAAAAUAAAAUGAUGUACAUAUUAAACCAUGUAAAAAAAAAAGGAAAACCUCAUGACCGAAAUAAUAAGACGAACGAACAAACAAACCACACAACAUGAAAAACUAAAAUCAACUCUUAAAAACAAUAUAUAGCCAGAAAUUAGUAGUACUUUUGCUAAUUAAUAUUCAUUACAUGUAAAUGAGAAUUGUACCACGUGAUAAUA